AUGUUCCCUAACCCCAAUCUACCUCGUUCUCAUGAUGAUCGCGACGAGCUGUAUAACACCAGUACCAUCUCUGAGGACCUGAGUAAAGGUGGCUCGGUAGGACCAUUAUUCCCAAAAUUUCCUGCAUUUGAGGAAUACGUUGCGUCCCCUCGUCCUCAACUAUCCUAUAUCCCCAACCCUAGAACUAGACAAGAGGCUCAAAACAAUACCGAUUACUCGUUCCAGCUGAUGCUGCUAGAACAGCAGAACCAACGACGAAAGAUGAUGGAGCCCAGCAAAAUAGAGAGUGGAGUGCCAAUUACGGCCCAGCCUGGUGUUUCCAGCUAUAUUGAAUCCCCUCCCAUGCUACCAAGACUAUCGCCCCUUGUGUCAAGUUCUGGGCCCUAUCAAUUCCCUCAACCGAUGCUUCACCGAUCAACCCAGCCUUAUCAAGCUACUAGCGCGACUCCAAACACAAGGAAUUCGUAUCAUUCGAAUGCUUCAGGUCAAAAAGUGUGGACACCCUCUUCCACCCAAGAGACAGUUUCUUUUUCAGAAGCAAAUGAUCUCAAAGCCCAAAUUACAGCCCUCCAAGAAAAGGUCCGGCAGCUGGAAGGAAGACCAGUCGCGACCAAAGCCUCAAAGUAUCAAAUCCUCUACAGGAUCGAAAAAGACGAAACGUAUCCAAACGACGACUACUACAGCGUGGACAGCGGUGAUGAACAACCCAACCCCCGGCGCAUAUUCAGACGCAGGCCCCGAACAGGAUGGAUGGGGAUCUUCACUGACCCUCCUGAGGUCUACCAAAGAAGCAUGGGGGCACCGAACCUACGUUGUAAUGAUCCUUUGACCAACUUCGAGCUUUACUUGGCUCUGAAUCAAGAUAUUUCUUUCGUUGUGUUCCGCAACUUCAAACGGCACAUUGCGCGCCAGUCACACAACACGAAGUAUGGAAAGCCAGAGCCCUUCAGCGAAACUAUUUAUCCAGUUUCUGAUGACCUCAAGGAGGUCGUUCAGGGGUUCCUUGGUGGCGAAGAAUUUCAAUCUAUGAGGGAAGACUAUGAACAGACGGGAGAGGUUCAGUCGCCAUACCUCUUUAUCUACCACAACCGAGGAUCUAAAGAAGCAGAACUCAGGCGAGGAUUAACCUCCGAGAUGCAAACCCAAAUGGAUCUUCUCUUGAAUUAUGUUCAAGAAACUCGGAGCGCGGAAUACGCAGCGGCUGAUUCUCUUCUGAAGAGAGGCAAGAUUUGCCCGGAAUUUGUCCAGUACCUCUUCAGGCCUGAUGAGGUCUUGGUCUCCACCAAAUACAAUGAGCACACAGGCUAUGUAGCAACAGAUUGGCCGGCCAAAGGCGUCCAAACCCAUAAUACCAAGAAUGCUUCUACGUGGACAAUUCUGGCCCAAACCUGGCAAUUUGAUGGACAAUUUCACAAAUCGCACCAGCUUCUCGAGUUCCAAAUGCCAGAACCAAAGCGCCCCAAAGACAAAAAGCGGUCUCAGAGGGUGGAACAUCCGAUCAAUGACUCCGGCUUCAUUCUACCUGAUAUUGAGUGUGACAAAGAGGUCACUAUCACAGACUUGGCCGUCUUCCCUAUCAGGUAUGCCUCGCCCGCUCUUGUCCUAAAGCUUGAGAAUCGUGGAAAGAUCUUCUGGAAAUUCCGGACGCAGCAAUAUGUGUCCUACAAGGCGACAGAGGAAGAGAACUUCCAGACAGUGACCAACGACCGAUACAUCAUUGACAUGAAGACAUACAAAAGACUGCACGCGUCUCAGAACCCUCCGGUGCCUCUUGUCCCCGGAAGUGCACUUGACAGUAGAGCCAUGGCCAGCGAGCAACCACCCGACAAACUAUUCACCCUGCUAAUGCCUCCAAGAGUGCUUGGAUUCAAUCUUCGGCGCAAGAAGUGGUUCGACCUUGCCGUGGAUCGCAUUGUCGAUGUCGUGUGGAACAAAGAUGCCUUCUCAAGACUGGCCAUUGACACCAAAUCCCGGUACUUGAUCGAAGCACUAGUCACAAACCACCUUGAGCCCGAUUACUCGGCAGAUCUAAUUGCUGGCAAAGGCAAUGGUCUUAUCUUACUCCUGCAUGGUGGUCCAGGCACUGGAAAAACUCUUACUGCGGAGAGUGUGGCUGAAAUAGCCGAACGCCCCCUCUAUCGAGUCACCUGCGGCGACGUAGGCACUAAGCCUGAAGAGGUAGAAAAGUAUCUCGAAUCUGUGUUACACCUGGGCAAGAUCUGGAACUGCGUAGUCCUACUCGAUGAAGCGGAUGUAUUCCUCGAGCAGCGCGGCCUAGAAGAUUUGAAUCGCAACGCGCUCGUAUCGGCAUUCUUGCGCGUGGUGGAAUAUUUUGAGGGGAUUUUGAUUCUGACUACGAACCGGGUGGGCACCUUCGAUGAUGCAUUUAAGUCUCGGAUUCAGCUCGCAUUGCAUUACCCCCCACUUCGAGAGGAGCAGAGGCGACUAAUCUGGAAGACUUUCAUCGAGCGACUGGAUGAGUUUGACGAGGAAUCCAUUUCUUAUGAGAAUCUGAGAGGAAGUUUGGACGUGCUGAAGAAGGAGAAAUUGAAUGGUCGUCAAAUCCGGAAUGCCAUGACCACCUCUCGUCAGUACGCAAAGUGGAAGAAUGAACUUCUCACCUAUGAGCACCUCAAGGAUGUCAUUGAGGUCUCUGCGCGGUUUGAAGAUUAUCUCGAGAACAUUCAUCGCAGUCCACACACACAGGGUUGA